AUGAGUUUUGGGCGACGUUCGCAGAGUCUUACGCUUAUACCAUUAGAUCCAGAGAUCGAGCGAACGCUUCACAAGCUUAACAAACUCAAAAGGGGGAAGGACGUAAUAUUGGAAAAGCCAUCACCUAUGGCUGAGGAACCGAAACCAGUAAGGGACUAUGAUGUCCCAUCUGUGGUGGCAUCACCAUCGAGCAUUCGUCAUCGAACCAUUGAUGCCAAUAAUUUUGAAAUCAGACUAGCCAUAAUUUCAAUGAUUCAUCAAUCCUCCAUCUUUUGUGGUUUACCUCAAGAAGACCCUAAUAGCCAUAUCUCUAAUUUCUUGGAGUUAUGUGACACAUUUAAGUGCAAUGGAGCUACCAAUGAUGUUGUUCACUUAAGGAUUUUUCCUUUCUCAUUAAAGGAAAAGGCAAAGUCAUGGUUAAAUUGUCAACCACCUAAUUCGACUAGUACAUGGGACGACUUGGCCAAGAAAUUUUUAGCUAAAUUCGUUCCUCCUGCAAAGACUGCGAAACUCAGGAAUGACAUGGAGCCUUUUUAUGAAGCAUGA